GAAAAGGGUUUAUUGCACCUUACAACUCCCUGGUCAGAAUCCAUCACUGAGGGAAGCCAGGGAAAGAACUCAAGGGAAAAGACAGGAAUCUAGAGGUAGGAAUGGAAGCUGAGACCAUGGAACACUGUUUAUAAGCUUGCUCUCCUAACCUGGGCUCAGCCUGUUUUGCUAUACAACUCAGGACCACCUGCCCAGGGGUGGAACCACUCACAGUGGACUGGGCCCUCCCACAUCACUCAAUAAUCAAGAAAAGUCUCACAAACAUUCUGAUAGGCCAAUCUGAUAGAAGAAAUUCCCCAAAUGAGAUUCUCUCUUUCCUUAUAUGUCAGGUUGACAACCAGGACACAAAGUCAUCCAUUUAUACACAGUUAACCAAAGCGUCUGAGACAGGAGGGUCAGAAAAGAGUCUUCACAACAGGCAGAAGUGGGACUUUAGGCCCACUGAGUUACCGUUAGCAACAGUCACAGCUGCUCUGACCUUGGCCGUGGCUCCAAUAUGUAGUCCGGGAAGAUGUUCCUUUGGCCUGGGGCCAGGACACUCUCCUCCAAGCCAUCCUCCACCCCCGCCAGGUGCUGCCAGGUCUUCCUCUGAAAUUGAUGUGGAAGUCUCCACAAUCCUUCAACAUUUGCAUUUUGCAUGCUUGAAAAACUAGCACCAUGCAGAUGAUGCCGAAGUCCACCCCGAGCUGUAGUGGUAGCUAGAUCCCCUUACACCAUGACUGAAGUGGCCUCUGGGUGCUGAGCAGCUGAGCAAGGUGAAAUGAAUCCUGUGGAGAAAACUUCCCAGGUGGCUCAAGGUAAUGUUUGGUCUAAUAUGGUAGACUGGUUCACAGAUAAGAGAGUAAAGUUUGCAAAUCUGCUAUUCUCUUUGGUCAGUGAUUUAAGGUUUCAUUGCAGAACAAAAUGGGAGACGCUGAAGCAGGCAAGAAGAUCUUUGUUCAGAAAUGUGCUCAGUGCCACACAGUGGAGAAAGGUGGAAAGCACAAGACGGGUCCAAAUCUCUGGGGCCUCUUUGGCCGAAAGACAGGACAAGUGCCAGGAUUUUCUUACACGGAUGCAAACAAAAACAAAGGUAUUGUCUGGACAGAAGAAACUUUGAUGGAAUAUUUGGAGAACCCGAAGAAAUAUAUCCCUGGAACUAAAAUGAUCUUUGCUGGUAUUAAAAAGAAGAGUGAGAGAGAAGAUCUUGUUCAGUAUUUGAAAGAGGCAACAUCUUCAUGAA